AUAAACAAAAGAGCGUGAGACUUUUCAUUCAUAUCUGGUUGUUUUUCUGUUUUCCGUUCUAUUGUGUAGGCGAAUUUCUUAGAAUUUCCAUUAUAUAUGGCAAGUGUUCGCGGUAGGAUGCAGUGAAAAUGUUUUGUAAAAGCUUGUAAUUGGUCUAAAGAGCAAUGCGACUGAAAGGAAAUUCGUCAUCAAAAGUGCUGCAGCUGCGAUCUGUUCUAGUGACAGGUGUGGCAAGUUGGCUUAUUUUCGGAUGGCCACUGGUGGCUGGUCAGAAGGGGUCGUUUUUCGGUUGCUAUUCAAGGGAUAGAUUAGGCCGGCUGGAGAUAGUGACGGAUCAUUUGGAUAUUUGUGUGGGUCACUGCGAAGAAAAUUUUUACAGGUAUGCAGCCCUGUCGGACACGCAAUGCGCAUGCCUAAACGUAAUUCGUACGCAGGUGAUUGAAGAUAAGCUAUGCAACGUACCCUGCCGUCAGGACUCCGCUCUGUCCUGCGGUGGUACCGGUCUACAGAGUUUCUAUGAAACUGGUGUGGAGGUUGCCGGACCAGUGAAAAACCUCAGAUUAGCUGACAUCGAGACCGAUACCACUAUCCAGAUUGCAUGGGAUGCUCCAGUAGUGGACGGUGUUCCUGUUAUGGAAUAUGAAAUCACAGCGAGUGCCAUAUCGACCCAUGCUAACUAUGGCCUCCAUCCGAAGAGUUGGACUACACAAAAUAGCUCGCUCGGUUUUGAGCUAUCGAAUCUCACGCCAGGUACGCAGUAUAAUAUAACAGUAACGACGCUAUCGGAAAAGGGUCGCGGAGGAACGCAAUCUCUUACUGCCGAAACCGAAAUAGGCAUACCGGAUCCUGAACCAGAGGAACCACUGAUAUUGCGCCGUCUAGACUCUACUAUUCAGAUCGAGAUUCAGAAGGCGACCAAUAAUUAUGGUCCGAUUAAUUAUUACCGGGUUGUGGUUCACUACGUAAACGAUGAUCUCGUACAGCAGUUCGAUGAAAGUCUGUUGGAUACGUUUCAAAAAUCAAAGGAAAAAGGCGUCCCAUACUAUGUAGCCGCCGAAGUCGAAAUGAAGGAAGACUCACUGCUUUUUACCGUCGGAGACGGACGUUACUAUCGCAACUAUUUUAACCCUCCAAUUCCGCCGCGUGCGCACGUACAUAUUUCUAUCGGGAUUGUUAGUAUUUUGCACAGCGUGAUCAAAGUACGUUACGCUACCACCACCCACGAGCAGCACCAGCAUCCCGACCAUCAUUACGUCAAUUCAACCAAUGUACCGGAACGAAAUGAGACCUUGGUCACUGUUUUAACUGUAGCCUGUGUGCUGUUUGGUGUCGUCUUGCUGGCGAGUAUCAUUUUGUACAUCUACCUUCGGUACAAAACGCCCACGAAUACACGCCCGUUAACGGAUCACCACGAAAUGGUUUUACAAGGGCCAAUUUUGGAGGUGGAAAACAAUGGCUAUCUUCCAGACAUCUACGAACAGAGAGGUUUUGAAGCUGAACUGACCGACAUCAUUGAGUCCCUUCCAGCGCAUAAGAAACAUGGACGAAAAUAUCUUACUCUAGAUAUCGAUAACAUUAUUGGCUCCGGGAACUACGGUGAUGUGCUCAAGGGCAGUCUACAGAGAGAAGGCGUUGAUCUUCCGGCUCAAGUACAUGUUAUUUCCGAUGAUAUGGAUAAAACCGAUCAGAUAGGUUUUUUGAAUGAAUUCCGUCGAUUUGUUCAACUUGAAAGCCAUGCGAACGUAUUACAGCUGUAUGGGGUUUGUGUCACUCCGGACUGGUGCUACGUACUGGUUGAAGACAUGCAAACUACACUGAAACAAACGCUAUUAAACGCGAGAAUACCAAAUAAUGUUAACAGUCCUAAGUUUUCUACCAUCUCAGAGGAAAUUAUCAUCAACAUUUUGUGCCUGGUCUGCGAUGGAAUGCAGUUUUUGGUGGAAAAUAAUAUCGUAAGCAAAAAACUGUGCGCCCGAACGGUAUACGUAAACACGAAAUUCGAGGUCAAAGUAAGUGCUUUUGGUCCAACUUUAUACGGAGAAAAUCAACAGCAAGUGGAGAUCAGUCGCUGGAACGCUCCGGAGGUAAUGAAAUUCCAAAAUCACACCGCUAAAAGCGACGUCUGGUCUUUCGGUUUGCUUAUUUGGGAAUGCUGCUGCCUGGGAGCGACACCGUUCGGUGCGACCACCAUUGAGAAUCUCUUCGCUAGCAUACGCGGCGGCAGCCGACCGGAGCAGCCGGCCUUCAUGUACGAUGAUCUGUACCAGAUGUGCCUUAACUGCUGGGAUCUGAACGCCAGCGAUCGUCCCGAAUUUGACGAUAUCAGCCAAUACCUGCGCCAAAGGUUAACCAUGCUACGGUACAUGUUCUCCUUCGAACGGAGUCAAACCGUGCAGAUACCGCCGUACUUACCGCAUUUGGAGUUGAAACGCUGAAUCUGAAACGUACUACAUACACACACUAGCCGCUGAAGCAGUGUACUAAGGUAAGUUUGAAAAGUAUUACCGUAAGACAAGUAUUUUUACGCGAACAAUCCGUCCAUUUCGAAUUAAAUACACUGUUGUGAAAGAUAUUUUUAGUUUAAGCAUUUUGUACUUUGUAACAGGGAUACGUACAUAUAUGAAAGUAGUGCAUAUCGACAAGCAUGUAUAUUUUAAUAUCUGUAAUUAUUUACACCAAUAUAAAUUAA